AUCGACAAGACUACUUGAGUAAACAAGGGCCAGCUUUCUAAGUGGGAUAGGCGAAACUAAGAGAAAACUGGUAGGGUAACGGUGUUCGUGUAUACGCGGUGAAACUUGUGUCUGCGGUAAAGUUACGUACAAAGCCGGGACGAAAUGGAACUUUUAACGGUCGGUGAAAGAGUGUUUGCUGCCGAGUGUAUUCAAAAGAAAAGAACUCGUAAAGGCCGUCUUGAGUAUUUGGUGAAAUGGAAAGGCUGGAGCCCAAAGUACAAUACUUGGGAGCCUGAAGUAAACAUCCUAGACGUGCGAUUACUACAAGCCUUUGAACAGAGCCAACGAGAAAAGGAUCCACUAUCUGUAAGAAAGUUCCAAAAGGCAAAGAAAGAACAGAGACAGAGUACUGACGAAAACCUGGAACGGGCGGCGUUUCAAGAACAUGACAACAGUGAAUUAGUGGUCUCUACUGGGGUGGAAAGUAAACUAAAGCUGAAAGCGGAAUCUUCAAACGAGGGGAGUUUUAUAACGACAUCUAGCGAAGAGAUUUGUGAAUAUGAACCUGUAUCAAAAAUUUCCAAGUUUUGUAAAGACCCAGGAGUAAACAAAGAGUUUGAAGUUUUUAAUCAUUUUCAAAUUAACCAUUCAGCGCCUCAUACGACCACAGACACGAUACCGAACAUCGCGAAAACUUCUGCGGAUGAGUCCGAGUAUUUGUCUUAUAAUUUCACCAACACAAGUCAGACAGGCAAGGAACUACCUAGUUGCAUACAGAAGCGUUAUUUACAUAUCGACAGCACCCCUGAGCGGAGACCUGCUGGUAACGGUGACACGUUUGGUGUGAUAAACUUUCCUGUUGGAACUGGAAAUCAUUCUGAUCAGGAGAACCGACACAGUGACAUACGAAUGCCCGAAAGUACUACUGAUAAGGGAGUAUUCAAAAGGAACUCAAUACACACCUCAUCACCACCCUUCAAACCUAGACCAGACUGCAAGCCAUUGGCAGCUGUUACUGCUCUUAGUGCCAACAAGCCCCAAGAGGCGGCGCUUGCUCCUGCUCCGAAAUUUUGGCACAGUCAACACCCCCUAGUGGACCAAAUAUUUAUCACUGACGUAACGGCCAAUUUGGUGACAGUGACUGUUAGGGAAUGUAGCACGAGUCAAGGUUUUUUCCGCGAUCGAAUGGAAAACGAAAAAGCAAGUAGUGCUGAUAAACUAAUGCGUGAAUAAAGAAAAGAUUGAAGAAAUGUUCUAUGAAAAAUAACUUUUUAAUUUAAGUUUGGUGCCAGAAGUUGUGAAUUGAUUGUGUGCGUAUAGAUACAUAGAUAUAUAUAUAUUUUUUUCCAAACAGUUAUUUACUUAAGUUGAUGCAUUUACGAUAUUAAGGUAUUAAAUAUUUUUGUAAAUGUAAGGCAUGUUAUGUUUUUGAAUACUCGUAUAAUCGAAUGUAAAAGCUAAUUUUGUAGUUGUUAAAUAUCCAAAAUGAUCACUCGGAGACAUGUUUAAAACUCACUUUGUGUUUUGUGUUCUCAAAAUUUUACGGAGCAGAGUUGUAUGUGUAUUUUGGGAACAAAAAACUUUUGACUAAGUUUUUGCUGUUAAUUAAAGACGAUAUUCUUUACAAAUAAAUGCUUUUAAACUUA